UAAAUAGAUUGAAGAAAUCCGAUGAUAAACCUGUAGCUAAAUUAAUGGGAUUAGUGACCAACAUUGCAAUUUAGCCCAUGAGAUUGAUAAGCUUCCAACUGUCCAACAGCAAACAGCUCGAAAGCAAACAAAAGAAACCAGCCUCGCCAUGUUUCUUUUCAUUGCUUCCGCCGCCGCCGACUGAACAUUAAUUCCCUCCGAUCCUCCGGUUCUAUGAUUUCCUGCUUGUUAUUAGCAUCUAGCCAGCCGGUUAAUAAUGAUAACAAUAAUAAGAGUGAUAACAUAACAUACCUGUGGAGAGACAAACUUCAAGUUUAUUAUAUAUGCACUUAUAUUCAGCAAAGUGGGGGAUGUGUCGGUGGAAGAGUUUAGUAUUACCGUUAUAUUUGAGGCUCUUUCAAUAAUUCAGUCAUUGAGAUGGAACAAUCUUGACAAUGAUAUUAUUAGUGUUUUUUAAUGACCAAAAAGUUUUGUAUUUAGAUCUUUUACAACUCAUGAUGUGAUUUUAUGUGCAAAUAGGAAGUUUAGUAGGCUUUUUUAUAUAUAGGUAAUUUGUAACAGAACAAUAUAAGACGAUAUUCGAAUCACUCACGAUGGAACAAUCUUGACAAUGAUAUUAUUAGUGUUUUUUAAUGACCAAAAAGUUUUGUAUUUAGAUCUUUUACAACUCAUGAUGUGAUUUUAUGUGCAAAUAGGAAGUUUAGUAGGCUUUUUUAUAUAUAGGUAAUUUGUAAGAGAACAAUAUAAGACGAUAUUCGAAUCACUCACAAAAACUUCAGUUAGUAAAUUUCGAUGAAUUUCUUGAUAUUGAUUACAGCUAGAAUGUCGGGAUCCAGAAUCAUCGAACCUAGAAGCAAAGCAACAACUUCUGUCUUUACCCAAAUGUGCUACUCAAUCAUCGUAUGAUCAAAUUUCAUUAAGAACGAGAAAUCUUAUUUCCAAUAGUGCCUAGUAUCUACAUAGUUGUGGCAAUAAAUUUGUAUAUUUUGUGCAUUAUGUCAUUCAAUUCUCAGUAUCAGUGAGUUGUUUGAAUUCACCUCACAAUCAUUAGUUCCAGUCCUUCAUUCGAAUCCAUGAUCAUAUAGAAUUCAGAUCGGGAACCUAAUUACAAAAUUAAAUAAUUAAAAGUAAUGAUUCGUCAUGAAUCUAUCUAAUCUAUGUAACACCUACCCAAAGAUGGCACCAGAUUAAAAUUUUCAAAUCCUUCAGUUAACGUGAAUCCAAAUUAAUCUCCACCCAUUAUGAUUAUGAUUUCACGAUUUGGAUUCGAAAAUAUAUAUAGAAAAAAAACGCGCCAUGCAAUGGAAUGACAAAAAAGUGUUCACCGUCCACUACCUACAAAAGUACAGAAUAGAAACGGAAGGGAGGGGAGGAAAAAACGCGGCCUCAUCUGUCCCCAGCUCAGCUCGUCCUGGUAAGUACCUUAUUAACCGGCGGUUAAUCAGUUGGAUAAGGAAAAUAUCACAGCUGAGCUGAGGUUAAUUACAAAUACAAAUCUACUCCACGAGGAAUGGAAUAUGCUAAUAUCCUUGAGAUAUUUAAUGUUGCCGAAAAGAUCAAUUUGAUAUAUAGUUGAUCUUUCUCAUGGUGUUUGUCUUGAUGGUACACAAACUUUUAAAUUUAGUUAUUGCAGGACAGUAACACAAUUUUUUUGUUUUUAUAAAUAGACUUUGCAUAUUUUAGUUAUUAUACAGACUUUCUAUAUGGUAUUGUGGUUUGUUGACCACCUAAUAGUAAUUGUUAAUUAUGAUAUUGCAUAUGCUUCAAGAUUUAUGAUAUCACACAAUUAAUACGCUAUUUCAACGCGUAUGUAGAAAUUAGUUGCAUAUGUCAGAGAGACACAACUGUUUAUGUAUUGUUGUUGGGAGUAGAUUUGAGAUCCAUUUUACAUUCACACAAGACAUGAUGCAAUCUCAAACUCCAUCGAGUGGAGAACUUCCGAAGCUCACUAAUUAAGGGCUCAAGACAAUGGAACAAGCCCUUGCCUUGUAUAUAUAACGGCGCUCUCAAGUCCUUCAAGCGAAAGGACCAUGGUCUUUGACGAUGAAAAAUCACGCUUGAUUAUAUCUCUCGGAUCAUGUUUAUCUAAAGUUCUUUGUACGUCUUCCUUGUAUAAUGAUUUAUGUCGGAUAGCAAAUUUAUCAAGUAUCAUAUCAGAAGGAUCAUUUAAUUCCUCCCUUGAUUGAUCCAAUAUGUUAGACAAAAACCGAAGCACGCAUUAGCCAAAUUUAGAGUUCAUACCGUACCAUGACCGAAAUGACAAAGUUGGGUGAUCACAUGGAACUAGAUCUUGUCUAUUUCAUACUCUUAGGAUAACAAUUUUUUAUAAGACAAUUUCGACCAGAAUGAUAAAGAGGAAUCACUUGAAGCGCAUUCACAUAAACUGCCCAAUACUUAAUUCGAGACAUUUAUUUUCUUCAAAUUGCCAGGUGGUUUGUGUUCAUGAAUCAUGACCACAUUCUGGAUCUUCGUCAUUGCACCAGAACCUCUUAUUAAUAAUGUAUUCAUUCUUACGAUUGUUUGAUCAAGCUCACUAAUUCACAAGACAAACCCUCCUUAUGAAAGUUCCUAUCCCAUUUGGACAUCUUCCCAAACAUUGUAACUAGCCAUGUUGGAGGCUAAAUUCUGAAAUUAGACCUUAGAAGAAGAAGAAGAAAAAAAAAACCAUUGCAUGUAAAUGCGAGCAAAUCCAAUAUCCAAAUUUUGAGUUAACAGCACAUGACAAGAAUAAUUAUCACAUGAUGAUGGUUGUUUAGGUGUUUGUAAUUGGAUUUCGGGAGGACCUUAGCAGUAGCGCGAGAAUUUAGUUGUAUGCAAACUCUUAGUUGUUCCAGAUGCCAAUCAAGUUCGGUACCUUUCUUCAUGGGCACGCAUGAAUGAGUGGCUCGUUCCUAAAUUAAUUGAAAAGUUCUCUAAUAAAUAAUUUCUAACAGAUUUAAUUCGACAAUCUCCACCACUAUAUCAUAAUACGAAAGAAGAGCCAAACUUUAUGAGAGAAACUACAUGUUUGGAAAACGUAUUACGUAGCCUUGAUUGACUUGGUGUCUUCCAAGACAAGUAAAUUUUAUUAAUGUCGUUCUCAACUAUGCCAUGGCAUUGAUCAUAACAAAUUGCUGAGAAAAAAAAAUGCAAACUUGCGGGGUGCAAAAGUUUACAAAUCUGUAGUUUGGGGACUAAAUCGUAAUUGGGGAAUUAACUAAUAUGAUUGGGGUUGGGGGAGGAUAUUUAAUUUUGAUUUUAAAAUUUAACUGUAAUUUUAAGUUUACAUACAUUCAUGAUUCAUUCACGAAAUCGACACAACAAAGGGAGAGAGAGCAUGCUCUCACUAUAAAUUCGAGACUCUCUUCCGAACUUCCCUCUCCAUUGUUACCUCUUUUCUUUUCUCUCGCAAAUCUCUGUGUUUUCUUCUUCAUCCCUCCCCUUGGCUUCUUGGGAUAAUCUGGGUACUGCCUCCUCUCGUCCCCCCGUCUCUUGACCUGUAUUGAAUUCGUAAGUCAAUUCCUUUUCACUUUGUGUUUCUUUCCUUUCUCACCCUUCGUACGAUCACAGGCUUCUCAGUUUUCCGGUAUUGAGUUAAUUCUGCGAUCUGGGUACUGCUCAAGUUGUUUCGUUGUAGAUCCGAUCGUGAUCCUUGAGUUGAUUUGCUUUCUGGGCUCUUUUCUUUUUAGCGUAGUUGGCAUGGAAUCUUUGCAUGUUACUCGAGCUAUAGACAAUUUAGGUGUGUUCCUAAAUGUAGGAAGUUUCCAUCAUGGGAUUUGCUUCGCCUCCUUUUGGAUCCAAUUCCCGCAUCUCGCUUCAAUUGGUCAUUGGCAUUGGAUCUGCCAUCGUAAGAAUAGAUCUUGAUGCAAUUGCGGUCUCUGCUGCUGUAUGAUGCUUUCUGGAAAGUUAUGUGUUUGAUUGCUUUGUGGGAUAUUGAACUCGGAUAAAGUCAUUGGCUGAUUAUAUGAGGUCCAGUUUUAGCUGUCUUUCUGUUGGUAUGAUCUUGAUUCCCAACAGACUUUUAACAGUUUUUUUCAAUCUGGGAAAAGGAUCAAGAUAAAAAAAAUACGUCGUCUAGGGGCUUUACCAGGACUUGUCCUGAAAAUUAUGCGAUUUCCCUGUGUAGACUUUUCAGAUCUAGCUGAUAUAUUCAAUUUGUUCGUUGGUCUUGGUGGGGUUUUUUCUUUUAUGUUGGAUCUAUGCAAAUUAUAUGCAGUUUAUGUUGUCCCCUGCAAUUGCUUACAUGGAACUUAUAACCUGUACCUUCUGAUGGUUGCAGAAGGUCGUCUAGCCAUGUCUACAUAUACUCCAAAGAACAUCUUAAUUACUGGUGCAGCUGGGUUCAUUGCAUCCCAUGUCUGCAAUCGGCUAAUCCGCAACUACCCAGAUUACAAAAUUGUUGUUUUGGACAAGCUCGAUUAUUGCUCAAACCUGAAGAACCUCCUUCCUUCAAAAUCGUCUGCCAACUUCAAGUUUGUCAAGGGGGACAUUGGCAGUGCAGACCUUGUCAACUUCCUUCUCAUUACCGAAUCUAUCGACACAAUUAUGCACUUUGCAGCCCAGACUCAUGUCGACAACUCAUUCGGCAACAGCUUCGAGUUCACCAAGAACAACAUCUAUGGCACCCAUGUUCUGUUGGAGGCCUGCAAAGUCACCGGUCAGAUCAGGAGGUUCAUCCACGUGAGCACUGAUGAAGUCUAUGGGGAGACUGAUGAAGAUGCUGUUGUAGGAAACCACGAGGCUUCACAGCUUCUUCCCACGAAUCCUUACUCUGCAACCAAAGCCGGUGCUGAGAUGCUUGUUAUGGCUUAUGGUAGGUCCUAUGGGUUACCUGUGAUCACGACUCGUGGGAACAAUGUGUAUGGCCCUAAUCAGUUUCCUGAGAAGUUGAUUCCUAAGUUCAUCCUCUUGGCUAUGAGAGGGAUGCCUCUUCCGAUCCAUGGGGAUGGUUCAAAUGUGAGGAGCUACUUGUACUGCGAGGAUGUAGCUGAGGCUUUUGAGUGCAUCCUUCACAAGGGAGAGGUUGGCCAUGUGUACAACAUUGGGACAAAGAGAGAAAGGAGAGUCAAUGAUGUUGCCAAAGAUAUAUGCAAGCUUUUUUCUAUGAAUCCUGAGUCGAGCAUCAAGUUUGUGGAGAACAGACCGUUUAAUGACCAGAGGUACUUCCUUGAUGAUGAGAAACUGAAGAACUUGGGUUGGUCGGAAAGAACUAUUUGGGAGGAAGGGUUGAAGAAGACUAUUGAGUGGUACACUCAAAAUCCUGAUUGGUGGGGUGAUGUCUCGGGUGCCUUGCUUCCUCACCCGAGGAUGCUGAUGAUGCCUGGUGGGAGACACUUUGAUGGUUCUGAAGAUGGAAAAUCUGGUUCUUCUGCGACAGACUCUUCUUCUAAUCAGACCAAGAUGGUUAUUCCAGCUCCUAAGACGGAAACCAAUACUGCAGCAGCUUCUUCUAACAAGGCUCCUCUUAAGUUUUUGAUCUAUGGUAGGACAGGCUGGAUUGGUGGUCUCCUUGGGAAAUUAUGUGAGAAGCAAGGAAUUUCAUAUGAAUAUGGAAAGGGCCGUCUGGAAGAUCGUUCGUCUCUUUUGGCAGAUAUUCUUAAUGUUAAACCCACUCAUGUAUUUAAUGCUGCUGGAGUUACUGGUAGACCGAAUGUUGAUUGGUGUGAAUCGCACAAAACGGAGACCAUUCGGGCUAAUGUUGCUGGUACAUUAACGUUAGCUGAUGUUUGCAGAGAGCAGAACCUUCUCGUGAUAAACUAUGCUACAGGCUGUAUAUUCGAAUAUGAUGCUGCUCACAAGCAAGGCUCUGGGAUAGGGUUUAAGGAGGAGGAUAAACCCAACUUUACUGGUUCUUUCUACUCAAAGACUAAGGCCAUGGUUGAGGAGCUGUUGAAAGAGUAUGAGAACGUGUGCACGCUCAGGGUGAGAAUGCCGAUAUCAUCAGACCUAAACAACCCACGAAACUUCAUCACGAAGAUCUCUCGAUACAGCAAAGUGGUCAACAUCCCAAACAGCAUGACCAUUCUGGACGAGCUUCUACCAAUCUCCAUCGAGAUGGCAAAAAGGAACUUGAGGGGGAUAUGGAACUUCACAAACCCUGGUGCUGUCAGCCACAAUGAGAUCCUAGAGAUGUACAAGAAGUACAUCGACCCUAAGUUCACAUGGACCAAUUUCACCUUAGAGGAGCAAGCCAAGGUCAUAGUUGCACCCCGAAGCAACAAUGAGAUGGAUGCCUCCAAGUUGAAGAAGGAGUUCCCUGAGUUGCUCGGGAUCAAGGAGUCCUUGAUUAAGUAUGUGUUUGAGCCCAACAAGAGAUCAUAGGGAGCUCCAGCAAAGAAGAAUGCAGUUUGCAGACAUCUUAGUUUGGUGCAAAUAAUGGUUGGUGUUGGUGUUGGCGGGUGGCUCAGGGGGGGUUAAAAAUGAGUGUUUAGCAUCAUAGGAGGGUUCUUUAUAUAUCUUUGCUUGCACAUUAUUCUCUGGAGCUUCAGUUUCAUUAUUUUUAUUCUUCAGCAGCCAUUUCCUAGAACUCUGAUGGUAAUGUGAUUCUAGUAGGGGUAAGAGGGCAUGCUAGAUUGAUGAUUUAUUUUUGUUGUAUUCUUUAGCUAUAGCAUAGUUGAGUGGCUGUGUUUUGGUUUGCUUCUGCGAACUACUAUGCAGUUUGUAAGUUGAGUGACUUCUAUUUCAACACACUUAUGUUUUCUUUCAUUUUUUCCCCAUGAAUUGUUCUUUACGCUUCUGAUUCUUUAGCAGUGCAUGAAUUAUAAGCAGGAGUUACUAGUUGGUGCUUCUUAGUUUAGUGUCUUAGAUGCUUUCGGCAUUUGAUGAGUUACAAACCAAGGGUGAUGGCUGAAUGUGGGAACUUACCUCGGAAUAAGUUUUUCCUCAUUCCAUACCAAUACCACUACCAUGUGCAUGCGUAUCAAGUAUUUUGUUAAAUCUAUACUACUAAGGCAUAUUACCAGAGAAGUGUGUAAUAAUGCACAUAUUACUCUUUUUUAUAACAUAUUCAAAGUACAUAAAGGUCAAAUAGUCAGGGGACAUCAUCCAGUCACGACGGUAGUCGAUCAAUAGCCGAACUCCCAAUGAAAGAGCUUGUUUAGCCAUAAGAUGGGCAGCCAUAUUGAAGUAUCGAGGAGCAAAAGAACAAGAACAAAAGCAAAAAUAAAGCAUGAGUAAGCUAGAGGUAUCAAAUCCAACAAAACCCGUACCACCUCCUGAUUACGCCCCUAGUCGAGCCAUCAAACCAAACAACUAUAGCUGCAGGAGGGGACGUGAGGCAACCUGUAGGACAGGAUCCAGGAGAGGCCUCAGGCCUGGACGCACAUACUAGUUACAUUUGCACACUAGUCAUCACCGAAGUUAGGAUAAAUGACAGCGAUGACA